AAGAAAAUUAAAAAAUCUUCUCAACAAAUAGCAAACAACAAAUGGAUGCAAAAUGGAAUUCAAUGAUUGUUAUAAUGUUUGUGGUGGCAAUGGUAAUGGCAAUGAAUACAGUCAACGCAAUGACAUUGAGUGAAUGUCGUGACAAUUGCCCUCAAAGUUGUGCUUUCACCGGUGCACCUGAGUACAAAUGCCUCCAGAGUUGUUACCAACGAUGCCAAGGUUUACCACCAUACAGAAUAGUGGAAGCGCAUACAUAGAAGAAAUCAGCAUUGGACUCCUAAGAAUUUUAAACUUUUACUUAUGGCAUCAAUUGUAAUACAGUUACUUAAAACUAAAAUAAAUAUUUUUUUCAGAGAUUUGGUUUUUACUUGAAAAUUAAGGAUGCAAAUGGUUAAAGUAAUAGAAGAACAAUUA